GGCAUCCACAGGUCCUGCCCCUGGACACCUGGCCCUCCGCCCAGCCGGCCAUGGCGCUGUGCCUGAAGCAGGUGUUCGCCAAGGACAAGACGUUCCGGCCUCGGAAGCGCUUCGAGCCAGGCACACAGCGCUUCGAGCUGUAUAAGAAGGCGCAAGCAUCGCUGAAGUCGGGCCUGGACCUGCGCAGCGUGGUGAGGCUGCCGCCGGGGGAGAACAUCGACGACUGGAUUGCCGUGCACGUGGUGGACUUCUUCAAUCGCAUCAACCUCAUCUACGGCACCAUGGCUGAGCGCUGCAGCGAGACCAGCUGCCCGGUCAUGGCCGGCGGGCCCCGCUAUGAGUACCGCUGGCAGGAUGAGCGCCGGUACCGGCGGCCCGCCAAGCUCUCGGCCCCGCACUACAUGGCCUUGCUCAUGGACUGGAUUGAGGGCCUCAUCAAUGACGAGGACGUCUUUCCCACUCGUGUUGGAGUUCCCUUCCCCAAGAACUUCCAGCAGGUCUGCACCAAGAUCCUGACUCGCCUCUUCCGGGUCUUCGUCCAUGUCUACAUCCACCACUUCGACAGCAUCCUCAGCAUGGGGGCUGAAGCACACGUCAACACCUGCUACAAACACUUCUACUACUUCAUCCGUGAGUUCAGCCUGGUGGACCAGCGGGAGCUGGAGCCGCUGAGGGAGAUGACAGAGCGGAUCUGUCACUGAGCCCAAGCCUAGAGUUGUUCCUGUCAGGUGGACCAUCUGAACACAGAGUGGCUGAGGAGAAGACCCUCAGGAAUCUGGUGGCAGAGGAACCUAAAGUCUCUGGGAUCCCUCCACACACACAAAGCCCCUGGACUUGUGGUUCUCAAGAGUCUGCCCACAUGCCCCCUGACUGCUUAUCAGUGGAGAAGGGGAGAGCUUAAAAGUGGGCAAACAGAAGGAAAGAAGGAGCUACAUCUUCACAUGAAGUCUAGGGUGGAAUAGGCUAGGUUUCUGCUCCAGUCCUUGACCCUUCCAUGGUGGUUCCCGUGCCCAUGUGGGGAAUGUGGAUAUGGCUGAGUGAUAGCGAGAAAGGUACAAGAGUGUAAGUAAGCUGUGUGUGAAAAAGCAGAGAUGACUCUGCGUGAGUGUGUGUGAGUGUGUGAUUUUCACUGUGGGGUGUGUCUGUAAGAGCUAGCUGCCUUAGACACUCCCUGGCACA